CUUUCGUGGGAUAUGAUCCCAAGGACGGUAUGCGGUGGCAGUUAUCUGUACAGCACUAUGGGUAGUCGAGGCCGCCAAGGGAAAUUAUUGGCAAGUGAUAAUGGCGAUGGCGAUGAUAAGAAGAAGUCCAUGCAUAGGGAUAUCGAGAGGCAAAGGAGGCGAGAAAUGGCCACCCUUUAUGCUUCUCUUCGAACCCUUCUCCCCCUUGAGUACAUCAAGGGAAAGCGUGCAGUAUCAGAUCAUAUGAACGGGGCUGUGAUCUAUAUAAAAGACUUGCAGAAGAGGAUCCGUGAACUGAGUUCCAAGAGAGAUGAGUUAAAGAAACUGUCCGAUUCCAGUGGUUGUGACCGAGGGAUGAGCUCGAACGACAGUUUCACAACCAGUGCUGUGGUUCGCCAGUCUUUGGAUGGUGUUGAAGUCGUGUUCAGCACCGGGGUUGGAGCUCGAGCUUUGACCCUAUCGAAGGUUCUUAAACUAAUGGUCGAGGAAGGACUGGAUGCUGUGAGCUGUGUUUCAACUAGAAUCGAUGAAGGACUGAUUCACACUAUCCAAUCUGAGGUCACCGAUCUGACAAUAGUCGAUAUACCUAGGCUGCAACAGAAACUGAGUGAAGAAAUUUCAUCCUUGAAUCGAAUUUCCUAG